AUGUUUUAUACUGAAUUUGCAUAUUGUUUUAUUUUUUAAAGUAGGUUUAAUUUUUUUUUUUUGGUAAAAUAGUUUUUUUUGAGUGGUUUAAUAUGGAUCCACAAUAUUUAUUGAAGGAUGAAGUGGAGUUUGAGCUUGCUUGUCGUGGUUAUGUGCAGCCAGGUGGUUUUGCCUCUGCAUUGAGACUAAUUUUAAGAAAGAUGAUGUUUGUUGAACAGUCACAAGAAGUGUCUUAUGAAAUAAAAUUACCUUCUGGUUAUAUAAAGAACCCUAAUAAAGACCUAGACGUUUGUUCGAAUAAGCUAGAUACUAUUUUGCGUUACAUUUCUGAAUUAAAUGAAAAACCUGAUAAACAAUUAUAUAAACGAUUAGUAUCACGCUUGUCUCAUAUUGUAAAUAGGUUGAAUUUAAUGGAACCUUUAGAUGAAAUUGAUAAGGACAAGCGUACAGUUCUUAUAGAUAAGGCUAUCGUUCUUCUAUCUGAAUUAGAAAAUAAGGACGAGAUAGAGGAUGAUGAUAAGAUAACUUCUGAAAUGAAAGAACUUUUACAUAAGUCGAUCGGUGAGGAUAGUAAAAAAGUUUUAAAUGAAAUUGAUAACGAUUGUCCAAGUACAUCAAUUGGGGAACAUAAAACUACACUACCUAAUAAUGACAAUAUAGCUUUAUUGAAUCAACAAAAACGGGUUAGUUUUGGACACGAUAUAUUUGAGGAAGGUCAUCUUUCUGACAAGUUUAUUAAUUUGCCUUUAAAUUCUACGUCGCGUGAAGAUAAUAAUACAAUUCGUAAAAAUAAACUUGUGCCAAUUAGUCAAUGGGGGGUUUAUAUUUCCGGCGAUGGUAAGUUUAGUGUAAAUGCUUUCAUUGAGCGUGUGUUCGAACUCAAAGAUGCUAGAAAUGCUACAGAUGAAGAUCUUUGGAGGCAUGCUAUAGAUUUCUUUAAAGGAGACGCCUUAAUUUGGUUUCGUGCCAACAGAGAAUAUAUUAGAAACUGGGAGGAAUUAGUGUCAAUACUGAAGCGUACGUUUCAAUCCCCCUUUUAUCAGGAAGAGUUGUUGGCAGAGGCCAGGUCAAGAACUCAAGGUAGUAAUGAAUCUGUUUUAAUAUUUGUUUCGGUCAUGCAAAAUUUAUUUAAUCGGUUACCAAUCAAAAUUACAGAGAGAGAAAAGAUUUCGGUCAUUGUUAAGAAUCUUCAGCCAUAUUUUCAAAGGGCAGUCUGUAGGGAUCUCAUUUUACUGUAGUGACGGAUCAUAGUGCACUUAAAAUGAUUCAUAAAAUGAAAGAUCCCCAUGGUAAACUGGCAAGGUGGGCUAUGAAAUUACAAGCAUUCAGCUUUGAUAUAGUUCAUAGGCCAGGAAGUUCGAAUGUAGUACCUGAUGCUUUAUCGCGAUCAAUUAAUGCGAUUGAAAUUCAAGCUGAUGGUGUGGAAAUACGAGAAGAACAUAAAAAUACAUGGUAUAAAGAUAAAGUUAAAAGUGUCUUGAAUAGUGAUAGUGAUAUUAAUUGGCGAGUUAGGGAUGGCUUGUUGUA